CUACGUUCUCUCUCACCCCCGUUACACUCCCAGAGGCUGGCCGGCCCCGCGGGGGGAAUUUCUGUCUCCUGCUACCUGUGAAAAUCGCUCGCCUCGGGUGAUUAGUCCGGACUCGAUGUGACAGAAUUACGCAUCGUGGAUCGCUGAGGUUUGAAUGAGAGCGCACACACUUUCUCCCGGGGACUUUCCCUGAAGAGAAAAAAAGAAUUGUGAAUGUGAAGUGCUGCACUUCUCGUGUAUUUUUUUUUCUCCGGGCUUCGGCUGCUGCUUUCCUUCCUGCGCAGGAUCGAGGUUGGACGGUGUGACCGAUGCGCGCAGUCGGAGCUCUUGGAAUCAUUUUUUUUUUCUUCUUCUCCCUCAGCUGCUUUUGGAUUCUACUCACUUCUCCGUGUUCCUCCCGAAAUAUUUGACAGGAGAGAGUAAAGCAGGCCAGUGUGAAGAGGAUGAGGCUUGCGCAAACCGACCGUUGGUCUGAACCGACUCGACCUGCUCUACCUGGACUCUUGCGGAUGAUUUUGCGCUUCUGAAAUCUCGCUUUAAAAAAAAACCAAACAAACCAAAAAAACGAAUUCGCGAAUCGGGCAGGACUCUGAUGUUGAAAAUACAAAAGGUUGAACACUGAAUCCUUUACUCAAGACGGCCAGUGAAGAUGGGUCCUACGUGUUUAAUGUAUAUUUCAUUAGAUUGGCGUCCAGUCUAGUCAACAUCAUCAGCGAUGUAGUCAGCCUCUUCAUCUGCGUGCUCAUCAUUUGCAGUAAAUACUCACAUCUGCUCAAACGGGAGACCAUGAAGAUGAUCCUCCUGCGCAAAUUUCGGGUUCUGAUCCUCAUGGUGUUCCUCAUUGCGUGCUCCAUGCACAUAAUGAUAGACUUGUUACCGAAGCUGGAGCGCCACGGCAACAGCGGCUGCUCCUGCUCGCACACGCCGAGCGAGGAGCCCCAGAGCUGGGGGAAGCAGGGCUGGCCUAACAAGCACACUCUGCGGAUCCUCCAGGACUUCAGCAACGAGCCCAGCUCCAACGUUUCCUCCCAUUCCCUGGAAAAGAUCCCGGCUGCGGGCGACAAGACGCAGGCGUUCAGGAGGCUGGAGCACCACGGGCAGCAGCUGCGCGGUGACAGGAAGAGGCAGUUCAUGCAGGACGCGGCGGUGACCAAGAACAUGCCGGUGAAGGGUUCAAGGUUGUCCGCUCUCUACGAGCAUCCCUUGUAUAAAAGAUCUCCUCCGCCUUUGACAGACGAGGACACGCUGUUUAACGUCAACACGGACAUCAGAUUUGAUCCCAAAGCUGCAGAGGAUCAGGCAUGGACUGGUGAAGGCAACAUGGAAGAGUUCAGCCCAACAGGGGAGCUGACGGCUGACUCCUACCCCAACUGGCUCCGCUUCCACAUAGGGAUUAAUCGAUACGAGCUCUACUCCAGACACAACCCGGUCAUCGACGCUCUCCUCAAGGACCUGGUCACCCAGAGGAUCACCAGUGUGGCAAUGAAGUCCGGAGGCACUCAGCUGAAGCUCAUCAUGACCUUCCAGAACUACGGCCAGGCGCUGUUCAAACCCAUGAAGCAGACCCGGGAGCAGGAAACCCCGCCAGACUUCUUCUAUUUCUCUGACUUUGAAAGACACAACGCCGAGAUCGCAGCCUUUCAUCUGGACAAGAUCCUGGACUUCCGUCGUGUCCCUCCUGUGGCCGGCAGGCUGGUCAACAUGACAAAGGAGAUCCGAGAUGUUACCCGAGACAAAAAGCUCUGGAGGACCUUCUUCAUUUCACCAGCCAACAACGUGUGCUUCUACGGCGAGUGUUCGUACUACUGCUCCACCGAGCACGCUCUGUGCGGUAAACCCGACCAGAUAGAAGGAUCCCUGGCCGCCUUCCUCCCAGACCUGGCGCUCGCCAAACGCAAGACCUGGAGGAACCCGUGGAGACGCUCCUACCACAAACGCAAGAAGGCAGAGUGGGAGGUGGACCCAGACUACUGUGAGGAGGUCAAACAGACGCCGCCUUACGACAGCGGCACACGACUGCUGGACAUCAUGGACAUGACCAUCUUUGACUUCCUCAUGGGAAACAUGGAUCGCCACCAUUAUGAGACGUUUGAAAAGUUCGGAAAUGAGACCUUCAUCAUCCACCUGGACAAUGGCAGAGGCUUUGGAAAACACUCCCAUGAUGAGAUGUCUAUUCUGGUGCCACUGACCCAGUGCUGCAGGGUAAGGAAGUCGACCCACUUGCGACUGCAGCUGCUGGCUAAGGAGGAAUACAAGCUGUCCAUGCUCAUGGCAGAAUCCCUGGUGAGGGACCGCCUCAGUCCCAUCCUCAUCCAGCCACACCUGGACGCCAUGGACCGACGACUGCGCCAUGUGCUAAACGUGCUGUCAGAAUGCAUCGAAAAGGAAGGUUACAGCUACGUGGUGGAGGACGACCUCCGGGGGCUCCAAGGGUCCGACCACGGCCACAACGGCCCAAGACGGAGGUAGCUGGCUGGGGGUGCUGGCAGCUGGACUUCCCUGGAGAAAGGAGGCUGGGCCAAGCUAAUCCAGUCAUUCUCUUAAACUGAACUGGCAUCCCGUAACACAGAUGAGCUCCAUCUGUGCCGAAUUUCUCAGAGGGCUUGAUUUUUCGCUGAACUCACAGGGAAGCCCACCUGCUCGAGGCAACAUGAGCUGCGUCGGAGGUGGAAGCCUGCUGGAAAGGACUGGACUUUGACAAACGGUGCGAUGACUUUAGGCUCGAGGCGCAGGUGAUGUGGAAGACUCCCGGGGGGCUGAGGAACGGAACAGGUCACCUUAGGCUCCUUAAAGUGUCCAACCCUGACUGUAGUGUAGGAUAGCAUCACCACAGCUGACCCAAACACCCACCGCAGCAACCAAACCAUUAAAAGUCUUGCAAGAGACGCCUUCUCUCUGUCGGGUUCAGGACCCUUUUGUUGAAUUCAGUGAAUUCUGAGGGACUUGUAAAGAAUCUCCCCCCCCUCUUCACAAAGCUGAAUUGUGUGUUUCUACUUAUUGUUGGUAUUGCAGGUGUUUUUGGUUGAACACUCACCUCGGAGGAAGAAGACGAGGAGGAGGAGGAGGAGGUGGACUUAUCAAAAUGACGUUUUAUUGAUUUGCUGCAAACUGUUUUGUUGAAUAGUGUCUUUUUUUUUUUUCUUCCUUUUUUUAAAAAAAAACUUUAUUUCUGCUGAGCUGACUCAGCGUCUCAUCAUUCAAGAUGGAAAUAUUUGAUUGGAGUGCAGGUUUACUCCUGGAUUUGUCCAUUAAUUUUGCCCAUAAAUGUUACAUGUCCUUGAGAGAGUAUUUAUUAAAAUUCAUAUUUAUUGUUUGAAA